UCGGGGCCGAUCCGGGGGGCUUCGGGGGCGGCGUGGGGGUGCGCGUGGCUGCGGGGUGCGGGGUGGUCCUCGCGUCCCUUCCCCCAACCCGCGCUGCCGCUGGCCGCCCCUCCCCCCACCGGGCCGCGUUUUGGGGGGGUUUUAGGGGAGAAACGCAACGAUGAGGCGCUGGGGGUGAAUUAAAUAAAGGAGCCGUGGCGAGGCGGGUGCCGGAUCGCCUAUUUUUAGCUCGAUUUGUGUAAAGAGGAGCGCUCCCCUCCCCCCGCUCCCCUCCGUACAUAUUUACUUCUGGCGGAGGGGGAGGGGAAAGGGAGAAGAGAGAGAGGGAAAAAAAUAGAUUAAAAAAAGGGGGAAAAAGGCAUCGAGCGGAGCUGCGGAGUAUCGCCCCUCUGUGGCAAAAGACACCUGAAAGGAAAACUUCUGCAUAUCAAUGCACUGCCAAUGGUGGUGUAAUACCAGGGGCUGUACUGCUGCCACAUCACAAUUUUGUGGGGUUUCAGAGAGUAGUUCUGGGUUGUGUCCUUUGUUGUGACCUCAUGGUUUAACUGGGAAUAAAGAUGAGUAUAAGCAGUGAUGAGGUUAACUUCCUGGUUUAUAGAUACUUACAAGAGUCAGGGUUUUCCCAUUCAGCAUUUACCUUUGGUAUAGAGAGCCAUAUCAGCCAGUCCAAUAUAAAUGGUGCUCUGGUGCCACCAGCUGCUUUGAUUUCCAUCAUUCAGAAAGGUCUGCAGUAUGUAGAGGCGGAAGUCAGUAUUAAUGAGGAUGGUACCUUGUUUGAUGGUAGGCCGAUAGAGUCUCUCUCACUGAUAGAUGCAGUGAUGCCUGAUGUGGUACAGACAAGACAGCAGGCCUACAGAGAUAAACUUGCACAACAGCAGGCAGCAGCUGCUGCAGCUGCAGCUGCAACAAACCAACAGGGAUCAGCAAAAAAUGGUGAAAAUACCGCAAACGGGGAAGAGAAUGGAGCACAUACUAUAGCAAAUAAUCACACAGAUAUGAUGGAAGUAGAUGGUGAUGUCGAAAUCCCUCCCAACAAAGCAGUGGUGCUGCGUGGCCAUGAAUCUGAAGUAUUCAUCUGUGCCUGGAAUCCCGUUAGUGACCUUUUGGCCUCAGGAUCUGGAGAUUCAACAGCACGGAUAUGGAACCUCAGUGAGAACAGCACAAGCGGCUCUACGCAGCUGGUACUUCGACACUGUAUACGAGAAGGAGGGCAGGAUGUACCAAGCAACAAAGAUGUGACAUCCCUAGAUUGGAACAGUGAAGGUACACUUCUAGCAACUGGGUCUUAUGAUGGCUUUGCAAGGAUAUGGACUAAAGAUGGUAAUCUUGCCAGCACCUUAGGGCAACAUAAAGGUCCUAUAUUUGCGUUAAAAUGGAACAAGAAAGGAAACUUCAUUUUAAGUGCAGGAGUGGACAAGACCACAAUUAUUUGGGAUGCCCACACUGGUGAAGCCAAGCAGCAGUUUCCGUUUCAUUCUGCACCAGCAUUAGAUGUUGAUUGGCAGAGCAACAACACAUUUGCCUCUUGCAGCACAGACAUGUGCAUUCAUGUCUGUAAACUAGGACAAGAUAGGCCCAUCAAAACCUUCCAGGGUCACACGAAUGAAGUAAAUGCAAUCAAAUGGGAUCCAACUGGUAAUCUUCUGGCAUCCUGUUCAGAUGAUAUGACUCUAAAGAUCUGGAGUAUGAAGCAAGACAGUUGUGUCCAUGACUUACAAGCACACAACAAAGAAAUUUAUACUAUCAAAUGGAGUCCUACGGGACCAGGAACAAAUAAUCCAAAUGCCAAUCUUAUGUUAGCAAGUGCAUCCUUUGAUUCUACUGUUCGGUUAUGGGAUGUAGACAGAGGAAUCUGUAUUCAUACUCUGACAAAACAUCAAGAACCUGUGUACAGUGUAGCUUUCAGUCCUGACGGCAGGUACCUGGCCAGCGGCUCCUUUGAUAAAUGUGUACACAUCUGGAACACACAGACAGGUGCCCUAGUUCACAGUUAUAGGGGAACAGGAGGGAUUUUUGAGGUUUGCUGGAAUGCAGCAGGAGACAAAGUUGGAGCAAGUGCUUCAGAUGGUUCAGUUUGUGUAUUAGACCUACGGAAAUAGCGCUACUAGUUGGAAGCCAUGGACCGACUAUGAAUGUGUACAUAGCCAAAAUGACUGUCCCUGACCCAUGUACUGCUAUAGUCCCAAUUGAACCAUGGCCAGUCCACUACAGCCAAACGUAAAAGAAAUAUAUACAUAUACUGUAUAUAAAAAUAAAAAAAAGUUACACCCUGAAGAGGAUGACAGAGUUUUGUCACAGCUUGUGAAUCCCAUUCACCAAGUGCUGGAAUCUGCUGUGCCCCAAAAUAACAUUUUAAUGUUUUGGAUAUGAAAAACAGAAGAGAGAGCGAGAGAGAGAGAAAUAUACCGUAUACAAGAGCAGACCCACAUACAUACCAAAUUCAGAAGAUAUAAUGGCAGCCUUCAUUACCCCUUUUCCCCUCUUAAUCCGCUAUGACAAUGGAUUGUGGGGUAUCUUCUUUUUUUAUUUUCCUUUUCAGUAGUUGAGCAGUUUGUGUGUACAGAGAAAACGGACUUACAGAAAUCUGCAGCAGUAGUUUUUUCUUUGCUUUUAACCAUUGGGUUUUCUGUUUUGUUUUGGUUAAGUUUACGGAUGCAUGAAGUAAGGGAGUGAAUUAGUUUCCUGUUUAUGGUUUUUGUUUUUUUUUUUAUCACCUUGGAAAAAAAAAGUGUUUCUUUGAAACAUAUUUGAAUGCAUUCUUUGAGGAGGUAGGUUGAACCUGACGAUGUUUGGUACAUUUUGUGACUCCCAGAGCACAAUUUUGUGAACAGAAGGAGGGUGGAAAAGGGAUUAUGGAGAGAAAAGAAAAAAAUUCUUCUUUGAGGCGUGAUAUUUCACGUCCUGCUCAUCUACCAAGUGUGACAGUAAUGGGUAUGACGCUAUGUUUUAUUUUCUGGUGACAUGGCUGGAAUGCAGUAGUGUCUUAUUUGGGACGUAAUUCUGCCAAACUAAAGAAUAGAAAGGCACAAAAAUACAGAAAAGAAAAAUACAGGGAUGCAAGAAAAAAAAAAAGAAAAAAAAAAAAAGAAAAGAAGAAAAAAGAAAAAAAAAAAGAAAAAGGACAAAAAAGAGGAAAAUGAAAUGCAUCUUCUGUGGCUUUAAGACCAUAGCUAAAAUAUGGUUAAAGACAGAUAAAUUGUGCACUAUUAUGAAGAGGAGCAAAAUAUAGCUGGGGGAUUUGUUAAGAUCUUUCUGGACAAGGGUUCAUGCCACAGCUUCUCUGGGAGUUGCCCAUCAUUAUUUGUAGGAGCUUAGAUGUAUAAUUGUAACCAAACUCCAGUAUUAAAAGUGUCUCAUGUAAUUUUUCUUUAUUAAAAUAAAAUCUUUGGCAUAUAUUUGAUAACACUGCCAUUAAGAGGCAAAAUGUUUACUACCUUAGAUUUAAAAAAAUAUCUUAAACAGAGGACUUGCUUCAAGUUUAUUUUAAUAGCAGUGAUUCAGCUUAUUUAAAAGAUGAAUACUUGCACUAAUUCCCCUGCUGCUCCAGUCCUGCAGUUUGUUGUAUCAUGUGACUACAUUUUUUUCCAAAUAUAGGGUAGAUGUAAGCUGCUAUUUUUUUAAUAAUCACUACUAUAUAGUGUCUUUUACUCUGUUUACAAUAUCGAGUAUUUUUCUUACAAUGACAGAUGUAUAUGGCAAACCUUUUUCUGCUCAUGUGAUUAAAAAUAUACUGAUAGUGGUUUUAUUUGUAAAUGAUAGCAUGAGUUUGUGUUUACGCGUACGUGUAGUUGAGAAGGUUGCAUCAAGUCUUGCAUACGAUUCCAAGAGUGUAAAUUUAUACAAAGGAGAGGUCAAAUUUAUGUCCCAGGCAUUUUACUUAAGGAAUGGUUUAUAUUACAGAGAGAGCUUUGUGAAGUUAUCAGUUUUAUAACACUAUUUCAAUCACAAAUAAUUUUGUGGCUUUUGAUUGCUAUUUUUUUUUCUUUUAUUUUUCCCCUCCAAGUUAUGUAUAAAUUGAUUUAAUCAAGAUAGUGCAGCUUUAACGUUUUAACAGUUGUCCUUUAGGCAUUGAUUUCUGCUAUUUCCAUGGAAUAAACAUGACUUGAAGCAAGUCUGAGUUUGACUAAGGUAGGGGAGCAAUUUGCCAGUGGUAAAGAGAAGUCAACAAUGCAUUCUUUAUAUAUACCCCAGGAAUAUUCUUCUAUCAUAUAUAGCAUUUAAAAACAAGAAAAAAAAAUCAUAUCCAUAAAGGCAGUCAUCCGUGAUGGUUCAGUGCCAGCUGUUUUUAGGGUUUGGGAACAUAUUACAAAUGUUUAGAGCAAUUACUCCGUGAGUUACAGUACGUAGGAAGCCUAAUAUAUUGAGUGUCUGGCACUUGAAAUAUUACUUUUAUUGCUGGAGGUCCAUGACUGUGGCUGACCUCUGUCAUUAAUGAAAAAAAAAAUAAAAAUUCUGUGCAAUAAUUUUAAACUGUGCUCCCAGGAAUAGACACAAAUGUUUUGAGUAUGUUUAAGCUGCAUUUUUCGUUUUGCAAUGCAUUUGUCAAUUGCACUGAAUUUAAAUCUGAAAGUCAGAAGUGAUUCUUGAUAGUACUUUUGUAUUUUAAUAUGGACAGUUUAUUCAUUUUCAUAAAAGUUAUUGGAUGAUUAUUUCAGCCAAUCCAAACAGUCGUGGUGGAAUUCUGUGACAUAGCUGCAAAAUCACACAGCCAUGUUUUAGGGUAUUGCCAUUUUCCUCUUUCUCAAUCAUCAGCUGUUUUGGUUGUAAUUCUAGUUGCUUAAGCAUAGUAUCACAUAUUCAUAAAUAGAUACAACAGAGCUUCAGUCUCAGAGGUCCAGGGUUUUCGGGUGCUCGAAGCACAGUCCAGCAGUGCCAGUUCUGUUGACUCGAGUGCUCUGGACACGCAGGCUAACGCCCCGACCCAGUGUUCACGUGCCGCACCGCAGCGCAGUUGUGCCGGGUCCCACAGCAGCGGGCCUGGCUGUAGGUGUUUUAUUGUUGUCCUUUACUAGCAUGCCACAGUGCUGCUCCUGCUCACACCUCUUUUUGCCUCUUGUUUUAUACACUGUUAAUUGCAUGCAUGCCAGGUGUGCUAGGUUCUGUGAUUCUGUGAAGUAAAAAGAAAAAAAAAAAAUUCACACACACAAAAAAGAAGAAAACCAUACAUUUAUUACAUUUUAUAGCACAAAGACCUCGUAUUCAAUAGUGAGGUAGACUAUCCAAACUUUUCCUUUAAAUUGAGUAUGCCAAAUGUCGGCAAGAGCCUAAUUUUGUAUCAGUGUAUGCACAUGCUUAGUCUUACGUAGAGAUGAAUUCUGUGUCACCUGUUUUCAUUGUGAAGGCAGAUGUGUGCGUAGGCCUUUGCCUGCGUGGAAGUUACUUUUCCAUUCAGCGUGUCAAUGGGCAGACAUCCAAGUAGAGGAUAAAAGGAAGGGGAAAAACUGGGCUCAGAAUUAAUGCUGGAAUAAGAAAGGAACUGCUCUUCAGUUUGCUGUUUUUCUAUGCAUCGACGUCAGAAUCCCGUUGCUCAUUUCUGCAUAGUUAGGUCCAGGUUUCCGUAGAGUUCCUCUUUUUCUAUUUUGCUUUAUCUUUUCCUGCGUUUUUAAAUCGAUGUAAAGAUUCCCAACCAGUGGACUUUUUAGUGUAGUUAAGAGAAUAUCUAGGUCCUCGUAAAAGCUUUUUUAGACUCUUUAUAAUGUUGAUAAACUCAGUUUAUUCUGGGACUACAAUUGUGCAGGGUUAUUUAGCGUGUCUACUAGAUGAUUGGAAAUCUUAUAUGAAACACUAAAAGUGCCUCUUUUUCUGGGUUGGGUGGAGGGAGGUAAUAGUUACCAGAGUCAGAAUGACGUGGCAUUUUGAAGCAUGUUUCUUCAUUUCAUGACACUUUAAUGCAUCUUGAGAGAAAGGCCAAAGAUUUCUACCAAUUUUAAUUAAUUUUCCUUUUAAAAGCACUCCUUUUUCCUUACACUGCUUACCUCAUGCUAGGGCGCGUUUAAUGGGACGCUGUACCUUUGAGAUGUUCUUUGUGUUCAGGAGGAAGGCUCGGUGGAAUCGGGCAGCGGUGCCCGCAGAGCAGUUUAGCAGCUGACACGUUCGGUUCUGCUGAAUGAAGGAAUCUCCUUAAAACUACAAACUGGGUUUUUCAGCUUGUAAAUAAAAGGUUGUAUGUUUUUGUCCGUUCAGCAAAGAGGAGCCUUGGGACCCAAUUUUCCAAUCUCGACUCGAUCAGAAAUCCCAUUGUCUUUCGCUUCAUGAGAAAACUUUGCCAGAAUGAGUGCUGGAAGACGCGGGUCUGUGUCGCACCGCACUGUGCUGCGUAGGCCGGGCGAGCGCCUCGCUGGAGCCAGGGCUGCUGCUGCUGCAAGCAGCUGGGCUGUGCCCCCGGAGCAGGGCUGUGCUCUUAGCCCGUGUUCCUUCCCACUGAGGAACCUUGUGUCUUCUAACUUCACAAAGCCCUGUAGAGCUGUUCCCUGGGGGGAUCAUUUCACACUCUCCAGAAGUCUGAAGAAAGCAGAAGCAACAUUGUGGCAUGUUAGAAGCAAAUAGGCUUCCGGAGACAGCAGUAAAUCUCCAUCAAAGAUCCCUGACAUUUUCCUUAGGGAGAGAGCCAAGGAGCAGUCUUCACAUCUCCCUCUAGAGAAAGCUCUGAAAUCCCACGUUCUGUGAAAGCGUGGCUGUCUUCACUGUCAGUCUGAAGGCAGACAAGGCAGGAAGAUCUGCCACGUCUUACAGAUGGCGGAUUUAGUGUUAAUAGUGCUUCAGAUCAGUAGUUUUGAGUACAUAUUCUCUUUCUCUGCCUUUAAGUUUGCAGCUUGACGAUGACUUAAGGCACGUUUUGUUUUGUUUUCUUUUUUAAAUAAUCAUUCAUUUUUACUUCAUGAUGUUUUUGUCAUUUGUGGGUAAAUACAAGAAACCAGUCUGCAUGUUGUUGCUAGUCCAGUGUACUUUGCAAUCUUGUCCUCAACAGACUGCAGUGUGCAGAACAGUAAUUCUAGAAUACAGAAGUAAUUUUCUCUCUCUCCUGACAUUGACAUUGUAGUUGUAAUGGUUUCAUUUGGAGUUACAAAUCCUUUGGGUCUAAUUCUGUGAGCCUACCUAUAGCACUGGAUUAAAAUGUCUGCAUCAUUUCUUCAGUUAUCCAGUUAAACUACAGCUGUUGUAAAAGUGUAAACCAGCCCAUGACAGUUUUUUGUACUUGUUUAAAGGACUUUUAUUGUUCAGUUUUCAUGAUUAUUGUCUAAGGAAGACUGAUAUAGAUGUUCUAUACUGUCCUGGACCAUGUUAAUUACACUUUAUGAUGUAUUUUGGUUCUACAUCACAAUGAUUUGUCCCCAAGGCCCUUAUAUCCCUUCUAGGCACAUUUUCUGUUGCAGUUUCCCUUUGCAUUGUAUUGCUUUGACAACUGUAAUUUGAAUCAGAUCUGAAAGAGGUCCAGAAUAAAAUAUAUUUUGAUAUUA